GUGGGGGCGGGGCCUGAUUCCUUCCCCUCUUGCCCUGGGCGGUCUACUCGGAGUAGGGGCGUGCAGUCAUGAGUAGCGAUCAGCCCAAACCACCCGCCAAAAGGAAGUUAGAGAAGAAUGUGACCCAAUUUUUGCCACAGUUGGAUAAGAUAAACUGCAGACCCCAAUGGCAUCAAGCUCCCCCUACGUUCCAGCUGCGGGAGGACAAGGAUGCUCACGUUCCGGAGGAGUUUAUGAUAAAAAAUGAGCUCACCCCCGGAGAAUAUCUGAGCCAGAGGCCAAAGAAAUGGAAGAUGCCCGAUCCUACUAGUGAUGCAGCUGCUGGACCAUCGGCUCCUAAGGGAAAAAGCAGUGGGAAAAAGAACCGGGAAAACUUCCGAAAUGCGCUAGUGAACAUCAUCCUGCAACCGGAAACUCCUGAGGAAGCACACGCUCCCCUAGACGAAGGGCUGGCUGGCCCGUCAGCGUCCUCUGCGCCAAUCGAGAAAGACAUUUUGAAAUACUAUUAUUACAUUCGCCACGGCAUUGAUACGGAACACGUGGCCCCGAUGGACGACUCGUGGCUGGAACAUGUCUUGGCCCUGGUGCCCCAGCACUUGAAAGUGCUCAGUGAAAGUAUUUACGCGCUGUCUGAUGAAAUGAGAGAAGACUAUCUUCUCAGUGUAAAGAAAGCCAUAGGCAAGUCCAUUCUUGAUUUGUUGACACAGAGGGAGCAGAGGAAGCAGGUCUAG